CAUGGCUAGAUCAACUAGCCAGUACAUGGCUGUAGUAGCCAUUGACUUUGGAACGACAUUCAGUGGUUUUGCAUUUUCGUUCAACCAUCGUGAAGGUGAAAGGGGAAUAUUAGUGAACAAAGCGUGGGGAAAUGAUCAAGGUUACCAGGCGCUGAAAACACCAACCUGUCUGCUUUUGGACACCGAACAGCAAUUUCACAGCUUUGGCUUCGACGCAAAGGAGAAGUAUGCCCAGCUUGAAGGAGCCGAUCAUAACAGGCAGUUCUAUUUCUUCGAUCUUUUUAAGAUGGAGCUAUACAAGGAAGGUGAGGGACAGACCAUCACAAGCGACACGACCCUGACUGCUAGAAAUGGCAAACGUUUGCGUGCGAUAGACGUAUUUGCCCACGCCCUGCGUUUUCUAAAGGACCAGGCGUUGGACGUCAUGCGAGAAAGGACGGAUGUAAACUUCACAACAGACGACAUACAGUGGGUUCUAACAGUUCCAGCGAUCUGGCAACCUAGUGCUCGCCAGUUCAUGAGAGAUGCAGCGUACAAGGCUAAUCUGCUAAGCCCUGCGAAUCCUGACCAACUCAUCAUCGCCCUGGAACCAGAGGCAGCGUCCCUGUGGUGUCGUCAGCGACAGCUUGUUGAAUUUGCUGAGGAGAAGGGGGAAGCACUUGUUCGAGAUGCCAUCGCACGAAACGGCACGAGUUACAUUGUGGUGGACUGUGGCGGAGGCACUGUUGACAUCACCGCUCAUCAUAUUCAACCAGACGAUUCCAUCCACGAGAUCUUCCGUGCAACAGGUGGAGCAUGGGGUGGGGGUCAAGUCAACCUAGAAUUCGAGAUGAGGCUCAAGAGUAUAUUUGGGGAAGAUUUUAUUGAUAACUUUAAGAAUUCACAUCCAUCUGACUGGUUAGACAUCAUUGGGGACUUUGAGAUGAAGAAACGGUCCACACGGCCCAUCGAAGAUAAGCUUACUCGAAUCAGGCUGACAACAAAUUUUGUGAACUACUACCGCUGCUUUGUUACCCAUCGUAAUACCGAUGAUAUCCAGGAAGCCAUUGAAGAGCGGUAUCCGGGGGGUGAUGUAACGAUUAAUGGGGACUAUCUUUGCCUUAAAGGUGGGAUCAUGAGAGACAUGUUUGAGCCAGCAGUACGUUCUAUUGUUGAGCACAUUCGCAAUCUCCUUCGCAAGCCCCAGUUGCGGAACGUGAAGUAUUUCUUCCUUGUGGGUGGGUUUUCAGGGUCUGCCGUACUGCAGAAGGCCAUCAGAGACAACUUUAAGAAUGACUACCGUAUCUUAGUGCCAGCCGAACCUGACAUGGCCAUUGUAAAGGGUGCGGUUAUGUUUGGAAAAACACCGAAGAUCAUCCAAAGAAGGAUUAGUGCAAGAACAUACGGCGUUGGAGUGAAUAUGAAUUUUAUAGAGGGAUAUCAUCCAACCAGUAAGAAGUUUUACACAAAGGCUGGCACCCCUAAGUGUAGAGACAUAUUUUCUACCCUCUUGACAAUCAACGAGGUAGUCCGCCUUGGUGAAAGUAAGACAUUUACUUUUUACCCUGUUGAGCCUGACCAGUCACGAGUUACCUUUGACUUCUACAUGACAAAAUCAGAGAAUCCAAAGUAUGUUGACGACAAAGGGGUGAUUCCUGAGGGCUGUAGCAUCACUGUCAGGAGUCCAAAUAUCUCAAAAGGAACAAACCGAGAUAUAGAAUUGAAAAUUGAGUUUGGCGGAACAGAAAUCAAAGCAACAGCCAUUGACGUUGAUUCACGUUUAAAUGUCACGUCUCAUGUCAAUCUGAUAACAAGGGACAGGAACGAAGAAAUUGCUUCUCUGUCAUCCCUUAGCCUGGCAGACGUUGACGUUUCUGUGCCCUAAAAUACCGUGCUUUGAUAGCGCUAUCACCUUGGCUAUAAGUGAAGCAUUUCAGUUUCUAAGAAUCGUUCGUCAAUAUUUUGAGGGAAAUGUGCCGAUUAAUUUGACCAAAAGUGCCAGUAAUAAUCAGCCCAUCAGCAGUUUAUAGUCGACUCGUCAGCCUAUCAGGAGUGUAUCAAACAAAGCAGGGCCAGUAAAACAUGUGCUAAUAGGACAAGUUGCCCCCCGAUGAUCUCUAGCCAGUUAGUUGAUGCAUUUUGUUGAAGUAUGAA